CGAGGGGCUAGAUGUAACAGGGGUAAGUAGUAACAUGGAUUUUUUACCUACAUAAUGGAAGAAUAUACUCUUGAUUUCCAACUUUACCUCCUAUUUAAUACCCAUUCUAUCAUAAAAGUGCAAUCAGUAUCCCACCAGACGGCGCAGGAAGCGGUGCUGUGCAGGCGCUCCGAUGAAGCCAGAAUGAGAAACAACAAAAGAAAAACUGAAGGUGCUUCCCAAAGCCAUGAAUUGGCUUCUGCUGUAGUAUUGAAAAAUAAAACCAGUGUACGAAAAGCUGCAAAACGUUUAAAUUUAUGUCAUGUAUCGCUAUAUAGAUAUGUGAAAAAGAAGAAGAGUAACCAAUCUUUAUCAGUCGGCUAGUCAAACCCAGAUUGGUUUUAAAGAGGAAGAAGAAGCUAAAAUAGCUGAGUACUUGCUUACAUGUUCUCCCCAUCUAAAAUAAGACCAUAGAUUCCAUAUUUUACCUACGUCAAUCAAAAGGUUGAUUACUUACUUAAGAAAGAACAUGUUUUUGUAAUUUUUUUAAUAUUUUCUAUUAGAUUAAGAAUAAAGCUAAGCAGUUUAAGUUUGUUAUAACAUGCCGAAGAUUUAUAAUGCUAAAUACGAUAAAUGAAUCAAAAUUCAGAUUACUGAAGUAGUUAAGAUUAUUAUGGCUGUAGUAAGAAAUCAUGUUUGAAAUAUUUUUCUGUUGAAAUAAUAAUUUAACUUAAAAGUCUGAACCAAAUAGGUUUAGAGAAGUGUGGGUUAUGUUUUUAUGCCAAAUAAAUCGUUAUAAAAUAUGAAACUAGUUUUUAAUUCCUAACGUUACAAUUUACCCCAAGCCUUGUUACAACUAGCCCCUAUCGCGGGGUAAGUUGUAACACUCGUCAGUUUUUUUUUAAAGCCGUUUCUACAAGAAGUCUUUACAGGAUUGAUCAAAAUUUUAUUUGGAAUCAUUAGUUGAAUAGUUUUUCAUUAGAAUAGUACUGUUAGAUUUCCUAAAUACCAAACAAGUAAGCGUUUAUAGCCAAGAAACAAAAAAAUGUUACAACUAGCCCCC